AUGGCCACCAACGGUGUUAACGGCGUCAACGGCGUCCAUGCCGUCGAUGGUGUCAAUGGCGCCAAGGCCGUCAACGGCACCAACGGUGUUAGCCAGGCCCCUGAGCCCACCCCGGCCAAGCCCUCUCACAGAUUCGACCCGGACUUCACCCGUCUCGUCGUUGAGAACAUGGGACCCAAGACCACCGAGAGGCACCGUGUCGUCCUUGGUGCCCUGAUCACCCACAUUCACGACUUCGCCCGCGAGGUUGAGCUCAGUGUCGACGAGUGGAUGGAGGGUGUCAAGUUCGUCAACGCCCUUGGCGAGAUCUACACCAAGAGCAACAAGACACGGAACGAGACUCACCGUAUCUGCGAUGUCCUCGGCCUCGAGUCCCUCGUUGACGAGAUCGCCCACAAAAUCAUUGCCGAGGGCGACAUCGACCCUACAUCGUCGUCCAUUCUUGGCCCCUUCUGGUCGCCUAAUGCUCCUUUCCGUGAGCUCGGUGGCAGCAUCAUCCAGGACGGCGUGCCGCCCAACGGCCGCGUUACCAAGAUGCACGGCGUGAUCCGCGACAUCAUCACUGGCAAGCCCAUUCCCGGUGCCGUCUUCGACAUCUGGCAGGCGUCGGCCAACGGCAGGUACGACUUCCAGGACCCUGACAACCAGACCCCCAACAACCUCCGUGGCAAGUUCCGCGCCGACGCCGACGGCAAGUAUACGCUCUACUGCCUGCAUCCCACAGCCUACAGCCUGCCCACCGACGGCCCCUCGUGGCAGCUGCUGUGCAUGAUGGACCGCCACCCCAUGCGGCCAGCUCACAUCCACAUCAUGGUGACGCACCCCGAGUUCCAGGGCUGCACCACCCAGCUCUACCCCAGCGACGACCAGUGGCUCUCCACCGACACCGUCUUCGCCGUCAAGGACGACCUGGUCGUCGACUUCAAGCCCCUCGAGGGCGAUGACAAGGCCGUCCUCGAGCUCGAGUAUAACGUCAACCUUGCCCCCAAGGGCUACAAGGGCAAGAUGUAG